AUGUUGAAUCACUUAGAAGGUCACAUAAAAACAGCAAUUAAAACACCACUUUUUAAACGGUGUGAUAGUAAUCAAGCAAGACAAAUUUUACAAAAAAUAAGUUUUCUAGAUCCAAGAUACAGAAGUCAUUACAUUGAAUCACCUCAAAAAGAUUUAAUUAUAAGUUUAAUUAAACAAGAAAUGGACGACAUUGGACACCAAGCAGAAGUUGAUGAGCACUACAAAAACACAAAACACUAG